AUGGCGCCCGUCCCGACCGACACUGUCGCCACCGCCGCGGCGGCUGCCGCACCGCCGCACCGCCCUGCACCAAAGAAGCGCAAGGUCGACGACCAGCACCACACGUCCGACUUCACCGACACUCUGGCAAAGCUCAAGCAGGAGGCCGACGCAAACCAGCAAAUCGACGACCAGGCCCUCUGGCCCAGGCCCGAACUCGACCCCCUCGACCCCCAGAUCGACGCCAUCACCUUCCAGCAGAUCGACAUCGAGGAGCACCAGGCCGUCGGCGCACCGCCUGCCAUCCGCAUCUACGGCGUCACCCACCAGGGGCACUCGGUCCUCGCGCACGUCCACGGCUUCCUCCCCUACUUCUACAUCCACGCCCCACGCGGCUUCACCGCCGCCACCUGCAAGGACUUUGCCAACCACCUCAACACCCUCUUUGGCGGCCGCGCCGUGCACAAGGCCGAGCUCGUCAGCAAAAAGAGCCUCAUGGGCUACGCCGGCCCCGAAAACGUCGCCUUCAUCAAGCUCACCAUCUCCGACCUCCGCAGCCUGCCCAGGAUCCGCGGCUCCUUUGAGCGCGGCGAGAUUGGCUUCCGCGACCUCUUCACGCCGGGCGACGCCGCGCUCACCUACGAAAACAUCGCAUACACGCUCCGUUUCAUGAUCGACCUCAAGAUUGUCGGCAUGAACUGGCUCGAGAUCGCAUCGGGAAGCUACAAGAUCCGCCCAGACAGCCAGAGGGUCUCGCUCUGCCAGAUCGAGAUCGACUGCGCGCCCGACGCGCUCACGUCCCACGCCCCCGACGGCGAGUGGUCCAAGAUCGCGCCGCUCCGCAUCCUCAGCUUCGACAUCGAGUGCGCCGGCCGCAAGGGCGUCUUCCCCGAGGCCUCGGUCGACCCCGUCAUCCAGAUCGCCAACAUGGUCACCCGCCAGGGCGAGAGCAGCCCGUUUGUCAAGAACGUCUUCACGCUCAACACGUGCUCCCACAUCGUCGGCAGCCAGGUCCUCUCGUUCAACAAGGAGAUCGACAUGCUCGAGGCGUGGGCCAGCUUCAUCCAGGAGGUCGACCCGGACGUCGUGAUCGGCUACAACAUCGCCAACUUCGACUUCCCCUACCUCCUCGACCGCGCCAAGGCCCUCAAGUCGACCAAGUUUGCCUAUCUCGGCCGCGAGCGGGGCACACGCACCGAGGCCAAGGACACCCACUUCUCGUCCAAGGCGUACGGCACCCGAGACUCGAAAAACACCGAGCUCCAGGGCCGCCUCCAGCUCGACAUGCUCCAGGUCAUGCAGCGCGACUACAAGCUGCGCUCCUACUCGCUCAACUCGGUCUCGUUCGAGUUCCUCGGCGAGCAGAAGGAGGACGUCCACUUCUCGCUCAUCACCGAGCUCCAGAACGGCGGGCCCGAGGCGCGCCGCCGCCUGGCUGUCUACUGCCUCAAGGACGCCUACCUGCCGCAGCGGCUGAUGGACAAGCUCAUGUGCUUCAUCAACUACAUCGAGAUGGCGAGGGUGACGGGCGUCCCCUUCAACUACCUCCUCUCGCGCGGCCAGCAGAUCAAGGUCGUCUCGCAGCUCUUCCGGAAGGCCAACGAGGACAACUACUUGGUGCCCGCCUACAAGGGCGAGGGCACCGAGGACCAGUACGAGGGCGCCACCGUCCUCGAGCCCAAGUCGGGCUACUACGACCGCCCCAUCGCCACGCUCGACUUUGCCUCGCUCUACCCCUCGAUCAUGAUGGCCCACAACCUGUGCUACACGACGCUGCUGGACAAGAAAAAGGUCGAGCAGCUCGGCCUCAAGCAGGACGAGGACUACGUCAUCACGCCCAACAACAACUACUUUGCCACGAGCAAGCUGCGCAAGGGCCUGCUGCCGACGGUGCUCGAGAACCUGCUGGCGGCGAGGAAGCGGGCCAAGGCGGACCUCAAAAAGGAGACCGACCCGUUCAAGCGCGCCGUGCUCGACGGUCGGCAGCUGGCGCUCAAGAUCAGCGCCAACUCGGUCUACGGCUUCACGGGCGCCACGGUCGGCAAGCUGCCCUGCCUCGAGAUCUCGAUGAGCGUCACCGCCUACGGGCGGCAGAUGAUAGAGCAGACAAAGGGCCACGUCGAGCGCACCUACACCAUCGCCAACGGCUACGAGCACGACGCCGAGGUCGUCUACGGCGACACGGACUCGGUCAUGGUCAAGUUUGGCGUCCAGGACCUCGCCAAGGCCAUGGAGCUGGGCGCCGAGGCGGCGGCCAAGGUGUCAAAGACGUUCAUCAACCCGAUCAAGCUCGAGUUCGAAAAGGUCUACUACCCCUACCUGCUCAUCAGCAAGAAGCGCUACGCCGGCCUCUACUGGACGCGGCCCGACAAGCACGACAAGAUGGACACCAAGGGCAUCGAGACGGUGCGCCGCGACAACUGCCGCCUGGUGCAGACGGUCAUCGACACGUGCCUGCGCAAGAUGCUCAUCGACCGCGACGUCAAGGGCGCCGAGGACUACGCCAAGCAGAUCAUCUCGGACCUGCUGCAGAACAAGGUCGACAUGUCGCAGCUCGUCAUCACCAAGGCGCUCGCCAAGGCCGACUACGCGGCCAAGCAGGCCCACGUCGAGCUGGCCGAGCGGAUGCGGAAGCGCGACGCGGGCUCCGCCCCGGCGCUGGGCGACCGCGUCGCCUACGUCAUCAUCAAGGCGGCCAAGGGCUCGGCCGCCUACGAGAGGUCCGAGGACCCCAUCUACGUGCUCGAGAACAAUGUCCCGAUCGACACGCGCUACUACCUCGAGAAUCAGCUGUCCAAGCCGCUGCUGAGGAUCUUUGAGCCCAUCAUGGGACCCAAGGCCGGGUCGAUGCUCAACGGCGAGCAUACCCGCGUGGUGCAGGUGGCCACAUCCAACGUCGGCGCCCUGAUGAAGUUUGCCGUCAAGACGGUGCAGUGUCUCGGCUGCCGAACACCGCUCAAGGACCAGAACACGCCGGUGUGCAAGAAUUGUCGCCCUAGGGUCGCCGAGCUCUAUCACGAAAAGCUGGCGAGAGCCUCUGCGCUCGAAGUCGAGUUCGCGCGGCUAUGGACGUGCUGCCAGCGAUGCCAAGGCUCGCUGGCCCAGGACGUGCUGUGCACCAACAAGGACUGCCCCAUCUUCUUCAAGCGCAAACGUGCGCAAAAGGACGUCGAGGACGCUGUCAAGGUCGUCGAGCGCUUCGAUACCGCCUGGUAG